GAAAGCUGGCAGGGCACGAAGAUCUCCGUGGUCAACACACCAGCCAUUUUUGAUUCUGAAGACUACAAUGAGAUUGUACGACGACAGAUCAUGGCUUGCAUCGAGCUCUCCUGGCCUGGUCCCCAUGCCCUGAUCUUGGUGACCCAGGUGGGGCGCUUCACUGCCGAAGAUGCGGUCGCCGCAAAAUGUGUCCAGGAUGUUUUUGGGUCUGAGUGCACCAGGCACACGAUUGUGCUGUUUACCUGCAUGGAAGAUUUGGGCGGGGACCCCCUGCAGGAGUACAUCUGGACAUCCGACAACAAGAAUCUGCGGGUACUGAUCCGGCGGUGCAAGAACCACUUCUGCGGGUUCAACAACAAGGCUGUGGGAGUCGAGUGGGAGAGGCAGGUCUCGGAGUUGAUGGAGAUGGUGCAGAGAACCGUUUCAGAAAACGGCAG